UUUCACCAAUAACAGCAGCAGGUGGCGGUGUGGAGCGUCCUUCCUGUAACCCAUUCUACAGAAGAAGAUUACACUGUUUGUUAGUCUGUUAGCAGUUACGGCGGUUGCGUUUGUCCUGCUGUGCGCGACACAGUUAACAUGCUUCUGCAAACAGUGAGGCCGUGGUUGCUCCGGUGUCGGAGUUUACCCGAUAAGGUUGCUCGACUCGGCUCUGAGGCUGACAAACAGUCGUCUAUCGAUCAGGAAAAUUAUGAACAAAUGCAAGUUCUUGUUGAUGAGCUGAAGAGUCGAACAGAGAAGAUCAAACUGGGUGGAGAAGAAAAGGCCCGGAGACUUCACAUCUCACGAGGGAAACUCCUGCCAAGAGAGAGAAUAGACCGACUAAUGGACCCUGGGACACCUUUUUUGGAAUUCUCCCAGUUUGCAGCGUAUCAGUUGUACUGGAACAAGGGAAGUCCCAGCAGGAGGAAUCAUCACUGGGAUUGGGAGAGUUUCAGGGUAAGUGCUGUGACCAUGAUAGGUUGCUGGUUUGAUUCUAGACUCCUGUUGGUGAGACUCCAGAUCAUCAUCAGUAUCAAGUAUUUGUAGAUGUAUUACAAAUAUUUAAUAUAAAAUUCAUAUUAAACAUACUGCAUUAAAACCAUUUAUUAUUGGUGAUGUCACGUGACGAUGGUGAACUGAAGACUGUGUCUUAGGUGGAGCUCCCGCAUUGGUUCAAAUGUUUUCAGCUUUAAAGUGCCUUUUACCUGCCUGACUCCUCGCGUAUGCACUGCAACAUGGCAACAAAGCCUGGUGGACAAUCUCUGAGAGAAAGACCGGCCAAAUUGAGGCAAACAAUACAAUCGAAGAUUCCAGACCGCCCGUCGCUGCCUAACGUGGCGCCUCCAUCUCCGACCAGCGCUGAUGAGGUAGGAGCGAGUGCCAUAGACUUGUCCGAACUCGUACGGGAAGUCACUCAAAAUAUAAACGAAAUCAUGGAUCAGAAGUUUUCUAAACUUACUGACGCCUUGAACAAAAUUGCGAGUACAUUGGAAAGCCAAUCAAAACGUAUCAACGAAGCAGAACAACGGAUCUCCGCCAUUGACAAUCAGAUGGCCGCUCUCGAGCUUCGCCUCGCGCACGUGGAGAACAGUCAGAAGACCAUCCCCGCUGUUCUGAAGUUUUCUCCUACCUAUAGUUUUUUGCUCCGCGAGUCAACUGCGUAUGCGCACAUCGGUCAAUUUGCCGCUGCAGACAAGCCAUAGUUUUCUGCUACCCGACCGUUAAACAAGGUUAGUUUCUUGUAAUUUUAAUACUUUAUAUAACCAGUAUGCAAUGCAUAGGUUUGACAGUCUACUUAUUUCAACUGGCCACGUGCAUGAGAUCAUGUCUGAAUGCAGUUUGAAUAGCUAAUAUUGCGAUUUAUCGUUAUUUUUGUAGUCAUAAAACUUCCUCAUGUAGCCUGCGAACUUAUGUGUAUGCAAUUCGAAUGUCUAAUAGCGCUGUGAUUUUCCAGCUGUUUUAAAACAGUACCUUACCAAAUUAGAGCAGGGUUUACAGUAUUUCAUAAGCUUGUUUACAAUUCUCUUGGAUGGAAGUGUAUGGACCCCUGACAUUUGUCCAUGAAAUGGACAUUUCUUCCAUUGAGUUAUUGAUUGCUAUGUUUUGUUAGGUAUAUAAUCGGUUUAUUUCCUUUGUGUACAUUGGAACUACGCAAAAACGGAGAAAAAGGCAAAUUUCACAUAAUUUCUAACCAUUUUAUGAAUCUUGUGUGAACUUAUAUCAGAGUGGCCUUUUUCUCUGAGAGAAAUACUUUUAAUAUAUACAUUUAAUAGAAAAAAGUCACUGAUCAUUCAUUCUAAAAUAUCUUACAUUGGAUGAAUUGGGGCUGAAAGUUAUAUAGCAAUGCACAUAAACAUUUUUAACUUCUGUCUAUGAUGCUUCUUAGUCAUCACGGAUUCAACUUCUUCUGGACAGGACUCAUGUUCACUUUUUAACCAGGAAAGACAGAUGGCUUGAGAGAAGCAUAAGGUUGCCAUGAGGUUGCCUGCAACAGGAAGAUUCUGAGGAACUGGCAGUAAUAUAAAAAAUAAUUUGCACAGUUAUAUUUUUUUUCAAGAGAGGAAAAAAAAAGUUUAAUUUUUUUUUAUGCUACGUAUGUAUUUAUAGCGAUU